ACCUUCUAUUCCGUACAUCAUCCCGAGGCCAUCCAAGCCAUCCAAACCCAUCGCAAUUGUUGUCUCCUUACAAUCGUCACCUAUCACACAUCACCAUCAUAAUGUCCGAAUACUGGAAAUCUACUCCCAAAUACUGGUGUAAGCAUUGCAGCACCUACGUACGCGAUACCAAACUCGAACGUCAAAACCACGAAGCUACCGCGAAGCACCAAGGAGCUUUAAAGCGUUUUCUAAGAGACAUACACCGUAAUCAUGAGCAAGAGCAACGAGAAAAAGAUCGCGCCAAGCGCGAGAUCGAGAGACUUAAUGGUGUAGUCGGAUCAUCCGUAUCUUCGGAUCAUCAACAACAUCAUGUCGCAAGUACCAGCAGAAUACCGAGUUCGGCUUCAUCGCAAGCGCCGACGCAAGCUGCCGGUCCUCAGCGGCAAAGGCAAUGGGAACAACUAGCGGAGAUGGGUAUUGAUGUACCAACUGAGCUAAGACGGGAAAUGGCUAUGGCUGGCGAAUGGACCGUCACGAGCAAGAGGAUCAUCGACGACACACCCAAGGUAGACGACUCGGAUACCAAACCGCAGAACAUUGACGCAAUCGCAUCUGGCGUUCGAAAGCGACCGAAGCCUGAGGGUGAAGCAGACGAGGAGGAGGAGGAAAAGGCAAUCAAGAGCCUAUUCAAGAAGCCUAAAAAAUGGGGUCGCGAUACGAAACACGCUCCGGAGGACGACGCGGAGCUAGAUGCUCUACUCAGCAGUGCUCUGACAAAACCACCCAAGUCCGAGGAUGAUCCUCAGCAACCUAGUGAAGAGAAGGCCAAUCUACCGAGCGAGACGAAAGAAAAUCCAUUACCCAGUAUAAAAAAGGAGGAAACGACUGACGGAGAAGCUCUAUGGUCUAUUAAAUCCGAGCCCCAAGAAAGUCAUAUAGAUACCCCAGUUAAGCAAGAAGACGAGGCGGAGAACGGCCCAUCUACGGUAGUUUUCAAGAAGCGGAAGCCUAAGAAUAUCCGUCAGAGAUGACCUCUAGCUCACAAAAAUUAUAUUCUAGUAAUGCUGUUAUACACAGACAUCGCGUCUCUAGGUCCUCCUUACCAACCAGGCCUCAUACAACUAAAUCAUCUUUUGGCUUCUUCUUCGUGGCGCGUGUACCACUAUUUGCGUCGUAGCGUGGGAAGUCCGCGACCUCUAAUCAGUAUCGAGGAGCUUCGGGCACGCUGCCGUACUA